GUAACGUUUGGCGUUGUCGGAAAACACGAGCGCGUGUUGUAUGUGGUUCGGCUUUACUGACAAUAAUUCACCGUGUCUUACUUCUAAAGUAAUUUUUAGCUGCUGUCAAGCUGCCCAGAAACAUAUUCUGCUACGAGGAGACACAAUUACUAUUUUCUUUCUUUCAAGGUUGUCAUGUAAUCUGCUAACGUUAAUGUGGUUUAGAAUGAUGAUACGUUUUGAGAAAGCUAAUGUUAGCUUAGUCAGCUAACAGCUGAACCAGUAACAUUAGUAACUUAAGUUAAUGUUAACUGUAAGAAAACAGCUAUUUGCUUACGUUUCUAGCUAACUAGCAUAAUAAGUUGAGGGGGAGUGAAGUGUUGUCAUUCGUCCAGCCAUCGCUGAAAUCACUUCGGUAGCCAAAGUUUUAUAAACUUUGCUAAGCUAACAGCUGGCGAAGGAACCUGAAGCUCACCGUUUAUAAUGUCUCAGGCCACCAAACGCAAACACGUUGUCCAGGAGGUUCUUGGAGACUUUGUCACGCCCACAGAAAACCAGCAGAUUGUGAAGGUUAUCUGUAGCCGUGGUAACAACCUCCAUGAAACUGUCACGGCCCAAGGUGAGACUUUCCUGGUGAGCAUGCCCACCAAGUUCCGUAAGAACAUCUGGAUCAAGAGAGGUGACUAUGUGAUUGUGGAUCCCAUUGAGGAAGGAGAGAAGGUGAAAGCAGAGAUCAACUUCAUUCUCUACAAAGAUCACAUUCAGUACCUGCAAAAACAGCAGCACUGGCCAGAGGGAUUUAUGGAGGAGACGUUGGAGCAGGACAAGGCAAACAAACAGCAGGAGACGGAGAAGAAAGACGAGGAAGAGGAAGUUAGCGACUCUGAAGAUGAUGAGAGUGACCUCUUCGUAAACACCAACCGCUGUAACUACCAGUACAGCGAGAGUGAGGAGGAGGACAGUGAGGAAGAAGAUGAUGGCAAAGAGGAAAGGACAGAGAAUGGCUCCUAGUGGCAGCGCUGAGGACAUGGACAAUCGAGAGUGACAGCUGUGUGAGUGCUGCUGUUAUCACUCACUGAUUUGAAAUGAUGGUCCUCAUGCAACCGCUCCCUCUGCAGUUCUUGCAGUCUGUUGUAGAUGUUCAGUGGCAUUGUAUGGACUUCAACUUAAUGGAGCAAAAUAAGUCUUGCCGCUUAGAUUGAUUCCCGAAAAAUAACAGUAAUUCAGUUAUUUCCAAUGUCAGUUGGAUAUAUUUCUACUGCAUUUUCAGUGUCUUACUGACAAAGUAUCACAAACUGAAGCAUGUUUAUAUACUGACCUCCAGUGCAGGCAUUACUAUAUUACCAGUACAUUACAGGGUAUUCGGUAUACCCAGGCCAUACUGUACAUGUGCAGGGUAAUGUUAAUGUACAAACUGUAAUAGCUGUUAUGGCUAUUCAUCUUCCUCCAUGGGACAAAAUAAAUCUGUUAGAAACUCACAAAAAUUGCAUAACUCAAUUGUUAUAUUGUUGACAAAAUACUUUUUUGUCAUGUUUGAUUUUAGUUGCUGAUUUAGAAUGAUUGUUAGAGGAGUGCAAGGCGUGGUGAGACUUGAAACACCUUUCCAGUUUCACUGGUCCUCUGAAGGAUAUUGUUGUAACUAGCUCGACCGUUAACACCAUUUUACAAAGUGCUGACUGCCUCUGUAAUUUACUUUAUCUCAAACAUGAAAGAUCUUGUUAUAACGCUCUAGUUUCAGUUGACCUUGUGUCACGUUGUACUUAAUAGUGCCUCAUCUUUUACUGACAUUCCUUACCCAUUUACUGAUUUUGGUUUGUGUAAUGAUGAGCGUUUUGGAAAUAAAUUAAUUCUUGAGCUAUGUUUUUCAUCACUUGAA